AUGAGGGGUUAAAAGCUGAAUGUUUUGGUUUUCGAGGGUAGCCUCAGUUGUGUUUUAGUAUUAGAAAAGAUAGAUGUGUGAAGACUUGUAUCGUUAAUAAUGGAUGCUUUGCAGCGCCACCAGUCACUUUAUAAAGGAACUUCUCCGUCAUGGAAAGAAAAGUACCGCAGGCGUUGUGUAGACAGGCUGAGAAACAGCCGGUCUAGGCUGCUGGAGAGGUACCGGCAGACGGGGGAGAGCCAGCUGCGGACCGGGACAUGGACCCCCUCCAGCAUCGUCCAGGAGGUGAUGGAGGAAGAGUGGACCGCUCUUCAGUCAGAGGACCAGAGGCUACCCUCCUCUUUGUGGGGCCCGCAGGGCAUGCAGGAGAUGUUCAGUGCUAUGAAGGAGUACGAUGAGCUGGCAGUGCUGGAUGAAAUUCAACAAGAGCUCAGGUCUCAAGAGAUGUCAAUAGUAGAAGAAUAUGAGAGAAACCUGCAGUUUGAGCAGCAGUACAUAUCAUCUGUUGUAGACAGAAUGGACGAGAGGCAUAUUAUUUGUCCUAUUUGUCAUAUGAACAACUUGACUGUCAACAAUUAUUUUAUCUCCUGUGUUUGUGGACUUUACAUCAACACUAAGGGGCAGAACAUCACUCCAGAUGUCUUGCAGCACCUUCUUGAGUCCAGGGUGUCGGAACAUAUGGAACAUUGUCUGCACAAUCCUAUUUUCUCUGUCGCUGCCGACACAGAUAAUUCUUCCAGCCUGUUGAUAAGCUGCAAGGUUUGUGACUACCUGUCUGCUGUCCUGUAGAUGCAGGAACUGCCGUCACUUUCCCUUUGAGAUCUAAUUUGUAGUUUGUUUUUCUUCCAGUAUUGUUUUCUAAAAUAAAUAUCAUUUUAUAUUUAACCUCACAUUGCAGUUUUCUGCUUUGCUGUAUUCUUCCCCAGCAAUCGCUUGUGUGAUGGUUACAUUUUCAGAACCAGCUGACUGGGAACACGUGUAGCACCUUUUAAAAGAUGUGUUUUAUGUUCCAGUUGAUGGCUCUGGAUCGUGUUUCCUAUCAAUCAGCUGUAACAGCUCAUUGUUCAAGUGUAAACUGUUUUUUUUUUUACCACACUUGUUCGUAUGUUUAGGUUUGUGAAGUUCUUUGAGAUCACAAUAUUACCUGCAUUGAUUAUAAAUCACAUUACCUGCAUUGAUCUGAAAAAAUAGCCAUUAAUUACAGCUGUUUUGUUCAAUUUGUAAGUAUUUUAAGGCAGAAUUAUUUGUUAAAUAAAAAUGUAAAUUUGAACAACUGGAUGGACAUUCUUUAUAGUGGGAACUGUAUAAUUAUUAUCAGGGUUUACAGUUCUAAUCAGCUUGAUUUAUUUCUGCAGAUGGAUUGGUUUUAGUGUUUGUAGAACCUAUAAAAUAAACUUGAUUCUGUAGAA